AUGAUGAGUUUCUCAUCUAGGUUGUGUUGUUUGCGAAACCUUACUGGUUUCAGUGACGUCUUUGGACCAGUAUCCAAAGUUUCAGUAGGACUUUUACGACCAUCGUCAAUCGUACGUACAGCCAAAGCAGCUAAAGGUAGUGCGAGCGAAAAAGUUCGUAGGCAAGCUGAAAAGGAAAUGCAGUCGUUUUGGGACAGAAAUGCUACUGAAAGGCGGCCCUGGUCUCCCCACCUUCAGGUUUACUCGGCACCUUUGGUAAUGAGAUUCUCUUUUCUACAUCGGGCGACGGGGAUUGCUAUGGCUAUUGUGUGGUCAUCUGUAGGAAUUGGUGCUUUCUUUUUCACUGGACAUUAUGACUCUAUACUUGAUUAUGUAAAAAACAUGCAUUUGGGUACUUCCGUCAUAACCGCAUGCAAGUUUAUUCUAUGUUACCCGUUGGUUUACCACUAUUUGAACGGGAUAAGACACUUGGCUUGGGACUACGCUAUUGGCUUUCCUAUCAAAACAUGUAAUACGACUGGAUUUAUUGCUUUAGGAUCAUCUUUAGUUGUUUCUGCUAUCUUAGCUUGCAUCCGAUUAUAA